AGUAAUGGCUCCCUCCUUCCUCUGUCCGCUCAGACUACAGAUCUCCUGAACACAGCCGUGCUGACGGGCAGAAUGGUCUCAGUUCCAGUGAAAACUCUGGCUGUAGACGUGGAUGGUUCUGUCAGUGAUGUGACAAACUACACCAGCUGUAAGUCUACAGAAGAGGAUGUGAUCAAGGUGUCAGAGCAGUGCGACUUCAUUUACGUGAAUGGCAAGGAGGCGAGAGGAAGCAGCAGGGUGAUAGUCAACUUUACUCACGCUUUUCUGAGUGCGCAGCUGGAAAUGAGUGUAUGGAUGCCCCGCCUGCCCUUGCUUAUUGACGUGGCCGACCCUGAGCUUAGCCAGAUCAAAGGCUGGAGGGUUCCUGUUACCACUGGCAACCGGAGGUCUACAUGGGACAGUGAGGAGGAUGAGGAGAUGAGGAAGGGUAGAGGUUGCAUGCUGCAGUAUCAGCACUCCACGUUGAGGGUGCUCACUCCCUUCAUAGUUCAGCCUGACCCUGAGGUGCUGCUGGACGCACUUAACGGGAUGGAUGCCGUUGAGUAUUUCCUGGGUUCGGACUGGCAGGUGGACGUGACUAAUCUUGUUCGGGAUUCUCUAAAAGCAGCAGAUCCUGAUGUGGCCAGAGUGCUCGAUGGGGUGGUCCUGCAAGGACGAGGGGUGGGUACUACUGUGGUUCAGGUGGUGUCUCCCCUGACGUCGUCAGUCUUAGCGGAGAGAAGCAUCCGGGUCCUGGAUGAGAAAGUGAGCGUGACAGAACUCGGGGUGCAGUUGGUUUCCGGCCUGUCUCUGUCCCUUCAGCUCAGCCCCGGGAGCAACAGGGCUGUGAUUGCCACGGCGGCCACGCGCGAGACAAUCACACAGAUCAAGCAAGAAGCUCUGAUCAGCUGCUGGGUGCAGUUCAGUGAUGGGGCAGUUACUCCGUUGGAGCUGUUUGACCGAAGCGUCUACUCUCUCACGGUCUCUACCUCAGAUGAGAGGGUGGCCACAGUGCGCCGAACCCCCCAGUCCACGUUUGUGGUUGCUCAAAGUGAAAGCGAAGGUCGGGGGAGGCAAGUUAGGGUGGAGCUGAGAAUCUGUGAGGAGUGUCAGAAGUCUAAGAGGAAGAGUAAGCUGGCGGUUGGUGCCGGGCUUCUGAAGACCAGUUUCCAGAGCGACAGAGCUUUUGCAGGGGAAGGAGGCUCUCAAAAGCAGAAAAAUGUGGAUGGCAGUACACCAACAGUGCUCAACGGUGACAUCAAAACAACAGUGGUGUCCCAAAAUGCUGCCAAGGAUAAGAGACUGCUCAGAGGUACAGCUUUGGACCGGCUGUCCAGUGGGACAGAAACUACAACUUCAUCAACCUUCUCGACCAAUUACGUUCAGCCCCAUGAAAUUUGGGUUGGUACCAGUAAGGCUACCAGAGGAACUUCCUUUGGUGACAUGAGCAGGGUCACCCCAACAACUAUGAACAAACUAGGCUUAAAUACGCAGUGGGAGACUGCCAAACCAAUAGUGAAUGUAUUUGAUCAAGGGAAGAAAAAUAACUACGGAAACAUGUUUGACAACGCCAAUUCCCCUUCUAACAAUGACAACGCCAAUGCAGAAGUACCUAAGAAGGAGCCACCCAAAUCAAAACCCCCAAAACUGAUUGAAGGAGAUCUCAUUAGAACAUUCAAAGCCAUGUCAGACAUGGAGAUUGGGAUGUAUGCCUUGGUGGGGGUGUCCUGCGUAGCCAUCUUGGCUUUUCUGCUGAAUUGUGCUUCAUAUAAUCUUUGUUUUCGCACUAGUAAGACUCCCAUACAGACCACUCCGACUCCCAGCACAGACCCAAAAGAACACAAGCACGACUGGGUUUGGUUGGGCGGUGGCAGUCAGAGGAGCAGAAGUCCAGCACAAGACGUACCCGCCCAAACGUCCACGCUAAAGCGCGAGCCUCCUUGUCCUUUGGAGUCGCGCCAUUCCAUCGAUUCCAUGGGCCAUUGCAGCAUAGAGAACACCCUGCCCACUGUGAGUGCCCCAGCGGUCCCGGAGAGGACUGCGACACUGGGUCGCAGCCGGACUAGCUCCCAGCAACACCAGUAUCAAGGGAAGCCAGUCAACCCCAUGGGAAUCCGUUCUGCCACCUUGCUUGCGAGGCCCCACCGCAGUGAACCUCUACAUUCCCCCACCAGCAAGAGAAACCAGGUCCAGUUCACCACCUUCACCACCCUGGACAUCAAGCACCUGAAUGCGCUGAAGAAGAAUGGCGUGGACUUAAACUGGGCCAACCAACAAGCGCAGCAGCAACCAGCCGCCGCCGAGCCCAAGACGCCUUUACCCGACAUGCCGUGGCCUGUAGUGAAACCACUAGGAGAGCCCCAGUGAGUCACUGCGGUGUCAGUUUGUGUCUAUAUGUAAUUAGGACAGAAAGAAUUUUCACGACUGUGGACAUUCUGCUGCUGAAUGUUUUAAGGAAAAUAAGCAAUUUUGAUACGUUAGAACAAUUUAUAUAUCUAACAAGAUGUGCUAUCAGUACCAAUUUCUAAAGUUUUAAUUUAAAAACGCAAUUUAUAAACAUCUAUCUUAAGUCCUUUGCUACAUUAUACAUUUAAGGGAAAAAAAGUGUAAUAUUGUUCUACUUUUGUAUUUUUCCUGUAGGACCUACUUAACACUGCUAGUUAUUAUUAUUUUGGUAAUUUCUUUGCAUUUUUGUCAGACCUUUUAUGUGUAGGACUUAUCUAGCAAAUACCUGAGGACUCUUUACAGUUUGUCAGACAAUUUUUACUUUUUAACAAGCCUUCUUGAGAAGUCCAUAUUCACUGUCAUCACCAUACAACUCAUCCAAUCCAUGGUAUGUAAAAAAGCUUUUGUGCAGAAGUUGAGAUGAAUGUUUCAUUUGAGGUUCCUGGAUUUUUCCCUUUCAGGAACAAUAUGUAUGAUAUCAAAAAAGUGUACAUUGACACAGUGCAAUACAUGUUCAUCUGCAAAAUAUGAGACUCUAUGAUACAUUUUCUAUGCAAUACUUUGUCAUGUCUAAAACAAAUGUUAUGUCUAUGUCCUAUUUGUGUCUACCAAUAAAGAUAAAUAUAUAUGCAUUUGACAACACUUUUGGUUUAAUUCUGAUUUAUUUAUUUAUUUUUUAUUAAAUAAAACAGAUUCCCAGUAGUGAACUUGGAUUACAGACUAAAGCUCCAUUUGGAAUCAGCGGGAUUAAAUAAUGUUUAAUCACUGCCGACUGUAGUUUAUAUCAUAUCAUUCAGAAAAAUCUCAGAAUUUGUUGUGUCUGCCAACACUAAUUUAUUAAUUUUUUUAUACUUCCAAAUCUAUCUUCUUCUGGUCAUCCCGGACCAGGUCGCGGGGGCAGCAGUCUAAGCAAAGAUGUCCAGACUUCCCUCUCCCUGGCCACUUCCUCCAGCUCCCCUGGGGGGACCCCGAGGCGCUCCCAUGCCAGCCAACAGACAUAGUCUCUCCAGAACCCCGGGACCUCCGCGUUGUGGG